UUGGUUCAGUCCUGGCGGGCGAUUAAUGCAAGGAGGCGCGCGAGCGAGACGAGUAGUGGAAGAAGUGACGAGUGACGGUGACGGCCACCGCCGUGACGAGCGGGGCAACGAAUGCACGAGGAGCACGAGGAUGUCGCCGUCACGUCGUACGAGAAGGAGCGAGACCAUGGCGCCCUCCUGCUCCUCCUCCGGAGCAGUGUGACUCUCCCCGCUCCAGCAGCCAGCAGCACCUCACUCCGGCGACACCGCGGCGGUGCGACAGCAAGUAGGAACUGUCGACGACUUCCAGCACCAACGCCAUGAGCUCCAAGCUCGGCAAGGCGCCGGAGCCCGAGAAGCGGGUCGGCAAGAUCACCACCAGCACCGUCAACAAGUCCGAGACGGUGGAGAUCAAGACGGCCCUGCUCACGCCCGAGCAGCUGGACGGCAAGAACGGCACCCACGCUCCGCCGGAGACUACGAUCGCCGUGGAGGACACCGAAGUCGAAAAGACGGCCGAGGGUAGCGUCAAGACCAGGAAGCUGUCCCAAAUCAAGCAGCGCGUGUCCCAAGAGUUUGACGAAAACAAGACUGCGAGGAAAUGGCUCGUGUGGACGGGCCACCUGCUUGGCGCCUCGGUGCCGUACAUCGCCAUCCUGGUCGGCGCCAUCUGGCGGGACGACUGCCCCGCCAACCGCAACAUCCCCAUGCACCUCAUCGUGUCCGGGGUCGUGACGUCGAUACUCCACCUGUCCACCUCCAUCGACAUGGCCCGCAAGCUCAGCUACCUCAAGGACUCCCAGAAGCCAGCCAUCUUCUCCCUCCUGUCACUCUUCAUGUUCAUCUGGAUGAUCCUGGGCUGCGUUUGGACGUUCGGGAUCUACACUCCGGAGUACGACUACGGCCAGUACUGGCCGUACAGCGCGGGCUACUGCAACAAGACGCUGUACUGGUUCGCCUUCGUGUUCAACCUGGUGUCGCUCAUCUCCUUCCUGCUGGGCUGGCUGCUCUGCUGCUGCGUCUGCAGCAUCCUCUGCAACACCAGCAUCAUCACCUGCCUGUGCAUCAAGAAGAUCAAGAAGAAGCACGAGGAGGAGGAGGCCGGCGAGGCCACACCGGUGCAAGUCUGAGGGAAGACCAAGUUAUUGUGCACUCUUCGGCAAACGCAUCGCGCGGGAGAGACUUUUUACCGAUCGACGUUGUGUAAUAAGCGCUUGCGUCGCGUGUUUUAUGCGUGGACGCUAUCUGUUUUUCUUGUGUUUUUUUUUUUUACAAAAAGAAAAUUUAUAGGAAUUUAUUAGUAAGUUGCAAGAAAGAAUCCCAAAGAACACAGUUUCGUCAAAAUGACAUCAAGUCUUGUGAGUGUCGAGACUUUGUCAGUUUGGCGGUCUGCUUCGACGUCAUUUUGACACCAAGUGAUUUAAUUUUUGAAAUCAAAAUGAUGUGGGCCACCAAACAACCACAAAGCUUGACACUAACAUCACUCGAUGUGAUUUUGACAAAACUGCGUUCUCAAGGAAAAUGCGUAUUAUUACACUUAAUGUUUUUUAAAAAUAUUUAUUUGUUUAGAUCGUACUACUACUAUUGUUAUAACAGGCACUAGUGCCGAUUGCAUAGUGACGUUGAGCUCUUGCCUUGAGUGAGGAGGGGUGAGGGUAGAUCUCCCUUUCUUGUACUCUGCUUCCCUCCGAGCUCGAUCUGGUAAUUCCCUCUUUUGUAUGAAUCUGUUUUGUGUGAUGUUUAGUUGUUUUACCUCAAAGACUGUCAUUCGACUCUACCUCCAACUUCACAUUUCUCCGAUGGUUUUUGAUUUGGAAGACUACGUCCAUAAGUUCCUCAGCGCCUUCCCUUCAUUCAUCAUUCAUUAGGCUAAGUAUCGAAAAAAUGACCUGAAUGAAAAUUCGACAAAACCAAAUGUCACCCCGUUUUCCCAUUUAUACGUCCAUAAUCUUAUUUCAUAUAUACUAUAUAUAGAAGCUAAAACGCUGUAUUCGCUCAUUUGUAUUUUUAGAAAAAGACGUGGUGCAGAUUAAACACUGGAGUCACUUAAACAACAACAAA